AACCCUGGUGACAAAUCAUCAAAACUUUUUUGUGUUCUUUUCAACAAAUUUUGCCACAAAUUAUUUUCUAAAACUUCUACGAUUUUUUGUUGAAUUUUUAAGUGUUUUGUUUAAUUCUCGUGCAAAAUUGGACGGUCCGUAAAAGUCGAUUUCAAAAUAAAUAAAGUAUAUGGAUAAACGCUUACGAAAAGAGUGAGUUGAACGGGUGCGGACAUACAAUAUCAAGGAAUUUUGCAAUAGUGGACGACGAAGUCGGUAACGAGCUAAGAUAGUGAAGAAAUCUCGAAACUGCAAGCUACCAGUCCGCACAACUAGAAAAUAGUAAAGCAAAAUGGUUGAUAAAUUCAUAAGCAUGUGGAAGGUGCGCGAAUUGGCUGAUAAAGUCACCAAUGUCGUUAUGAAUUAUACGGAAAUCGAAGGAAAAGUACGAGAAGCAACAAAUGAUGAUCCGUGGGGACCCACCGGGCCUUUAAUGCAGGAAUUAGCGCAUUCAACUUUCUCAUAUGAGAGCUUUCCCGAAGUGAUGUCGAUGUUGUGGAAGCGCAUGUUACAAGACAAUAAAUCGAAUUGGCGACGAACCUAUAAGAGCUUACUGUUAUUGAAUUAUUUGGUACGUAAUGGUUCCGAGCGUGUAGUGACGUCCUCUCGCGAACACAUUUAUGACCUACGGUCGCUGGAAAACUACACAUUCACCGAUGAAGGUGGCAAGGAUCAGGGUAUUAACGUUAGACAUAAGGUUAGAGAAUUAAUAGACUUUAUACAGGACGACGAUCGACUACGCGAGGAACGGAAAAAGGCAAAAAAGAAUAAAGAUAAGUACAUCGGCAUGAGCAGCGAUGCAAUGGGUAUGCGCAGCAUAAGCGCACAAAGCAGCGGUUAUAAUGAUUGGCGUGCGCAGCGUAGCGAUUUCGGCGACAAUUGGUACUCAGACGCGCGUGGUGGUGAUCGCUACGAAGACGAGGAUGCACAGUACGAAGGCGAACGGGAGUACUCUGAUAGUGAUUCUCCCAGUCCGCGGAGAGCGUAUCGCUAUAAUGAUCGAUCGAGUCCCGCUGAAAUCGGCACUGACGCUAAGCCGAAUUCCAUUAGCAUGAAUAUACGUCCCAAAUCUGCGUCAAGCAGCACUGCAUCUAGCAUCACAAAGCAAACAGCGGCGAAGCCGCCUGUUGGUUCCAAAAAAAUCGACAUGGGAGCUGCAGCAAACUUUGGUAAGAUGUCGCCUUCUGCAGCUGGUAUUCAUUCGCCUACGCAUCGGGAUACACCAAUCGGUGGUGGAGAUGAUUUGAUUGGUGGCAGUGGCGUGGGCAGUGGGGCAUCAGUUCUUAAUAACAACCUUUCAAGUGUACAACAACAAAGCAAUAGCAACAAUAAUAACAAUACCUUAAUUGAUGAUAUCUUCAAAACGUGCGCGGCGCCAAAUGAUAAAACUUUGACUAGUGCUGCUCUUGCGGCCGACGAUUUCGACGACUUUAAUCCGCGUGCAAUAGAAGCAAAGCAAUCACAGGAGUUUGGUGAUUUCUCCUCGGCCUUUGGUAGUGGUGCCGUGCCGGAACCGCCUUCGGCGAAUAUUGCGGCAGCCUCCACCGAUGAAUUUGCGGACUUUUCAGCAUUCCAAGGAAGUGCAACUUCAAACAGUCUAAGCGGAAUAGAUAACAAUUUGCUAACGACGGCAGCUCCAACUAACGAAUCGUUUGAUUUGUUUAGAGCCACCGAUCUUUUGGCUGGCCUGGGUGACUUGUCCAUUCAUCAAAGCAUGCCAAUGGCCGAGGACGGCAAUGAAGAUACGCACACAGUUCAACCGAUACCCGCCAAUAUUAGAAAUGCAUUAAAACAGGCAAUUUCCACUUUGCGCUCCAUACCGAAAGUAGCAUGCGCAACAGAUGCAGCAAAUAUUACAAAAACAAUUGAGCACUUAUACGAUAUUGGUGUAUUACCCGGAUAUUGUACAGCGGAGAAACUGGUUGGACUGGACAAGGAUGCCAUGGACUGGUCACAGAUCGCCGCGUAUGAGUUUGCAGAAGUCUUGGCAAGUUUAACGAAACUAUUCAACGGCGAAUGGCCCAGCGUUGAACCAACAGACGGUGAUGUCCAAGUUUUGAAUCUAUUGAAAAAUGACUACAAUUUCGCCUUCAUAUAUGAAACAUUCCACGCGCUCAACAAACAUUUAGUGAACACAUCUGGCGACGUGUGCACCACCACAGUUGCUGUUCUAACUCAGCUCUUGAAUGACACGCAAUUGUUGCCCUUAGCAAUUUUGCAUAUUUGUCGCGAAAAAGCAGCGCUGAUGCAGAAAUUCAAAUCGGAAGUACAAAUAUUGCCAGUACAACCUUUGGAAGAGUUCAACGCUGACGUUGCAGAAUUUUUACAAAUUAUUAUAGCACUACCAAAUUGCGUUGCUAAUAAGUUGGGAUCUGGGUUGCCAGAUAUAUUUGUGCCAAGAAAUUAUAUGCAUAUCCUACUCUUGCAUUUUCUUCGUGCUUUUAACUUCGUUUUGAAAUGUGAGGAUGUUUCGUGCUUUAACUUGGAAUUCUGUAGUUGUUUAUUAAGCCGAAUCAUCACUAAUUUUUGUAAUUCUGAUCAGGCUGAUAAGAAGUUUUACGAGUUCUUAAAAAUUAUUGAUGAGUUUGCCAAGUUGCCAGCAGCACGGCAAAUUAUACGAAAUAUUUUCAAUUUGUUGGAUGCGAAUGCUGCACAUAAAGCAGCUUUGGCUAUGUUGGUUUCUGCCCCAGAUGUCGAUGUGUAUCGUUUACUUGGCAAUGCAGUCACCGAUUCCGACAUCUGGCGCAUUUGUUUCACCCAGAAAUUGACGCUUCAACGAGCUCCAGAUGCCGAUCAAGCAUUGUGUGCCUUAAUUCGAUAUAUAGCGCUGAACAAUCAGCAGCUCAUGCAGCAACUUUUCAACCAACUACUCGAUGUGUGGUCUAAGCGCAGUGCUUUACAGAAGCUAACUGACAAGGAGCAUUUGCGCAUUUCCAAAUUACUUAUUAUAACAGCCAAAGAAUUGUACAUCGAUCGAAAAGGCAGCAAUCCGCUUCAGUUGGAUAGCAAUGAGUGCAAACAUAAACUCCAUGAAGCUUUGCGCUUCCAUCUCGAAUGUACAGAUACAGUGCAACGCCACAUUGGCAUGAAAGUAGUGGAGUUAAUAUUCAAUUUCAUGGAAGACCCACAAACAGAGGAGGAGAAUCGUUUGCGUUUCGAAUAUGAGGAUGUUUUAAAGUUGCCACGUGGCAGUUUAAUUACGGAGCUCGACAAUAUAGCUAGCAGCUACCAGAAGCCGCAGAAGUCCGAUGCACUUCACGCAGAUUUUAAUAUGAAUAGAUUGACCAAAUUGUUAGAAGUCUUCACAGAAGAUGCCCACAAAGGCGCUACUGCUGCAGUUGAAAGCUCCAAAGAUGUUUCGUCGAGCAUUUCUGUAUCAUCGAAACAACCUGCACAGAGUAUUGAAAGCUCAGCGCCCACAAUGGAACUAGAUUCAGAUGAUGAUGAAGAAGAAUACAAACCUUACGAUAUGUCUAACGACACGUCAAUUACAACUGAGAAACGUCCGAAGUUUCUACUAGAUUUGCUCCACACUUUGAGCACAAAAACAGACAAUUACGAAGUGUUUGAAGCUGCCAUGUCCACUGCCGAACAGCUGAUACGCACACAAUUACCACACCAGGAUGAGCGCCUCGCUGUCGACCUGUUGCGUCUCUUCGUGCCACUCGAAAUGCAGUACUACUUUGAGGAUUUCGAACGCACGAAAUUCAAAUGUGGCGUAGCUAUUUGUGUUUCUCUGCCCGGACCCUCGGCCAAAUAUCUAUGUCAGGAGUUUCAUACUGACAAUUCAUGUUAUAAUGCCAAUCUGCGCAUUCUCAUGCUUCAAAUAUUGGCCGCAGCUGCUAAAGAACUUUCAGGCAUCGCCCCCGAAACAGAAAGUACCACCGAAAAAACGCCUAUCCCAAUGCCGGCAAAGCAUCCGCGUAAAUUCCAUUUUGAAAAUGAACACUCCUCAAGGUUACUGGCAGCACAACGUAUAGUGCGACAACGUCUUAAGGAGAAAACUAAACGAUUUCAUGGACGCCAAAAAGUGGUCGACUCGAAAUUGGCAAAAACGAAUCGUUUCCAUACCGUCGCAGGCACAUUUUUCUUUUCGCUUGUACGCGGCCCACGCACACAACAGAUGCUGUAUGUGAAGCCAGAUCGCAUUGCGCAUGAUAUCGAUACAUUGCUGUUGGUGAACUACCUACAUACACUAACCGUAUUCGUGUUUAGCGCGCAGAAUUGUCCUCUCCUGCCAGCAAUCGCACACGAGGUUUUUGACUUGUGCGCGUUCGUGCGCUUCAGCGCCGAAGCUCGUGUGCGACAGGUCACGCUCGAACUAAUUGGUGCAACGCUGGUGACUACGCCCGUGCAUGUGCUGUUGACACAGUUUGGUGAGCGUGUUGCAGAAAUACAACAAUGGCUGGAGGACUUCAUCAAAUCACCCCUAUUUGGUGGCGAAACGUCAGAAGAGUGUCGUGAUAUCGCUAAUCAAAUUCUGGGCACCUGCUACAAACUUUAUUCCACACAGCAAUUAGAAUGAAGCGAUUUUGGUUUCAAUUGUUAACAAUCUAUUCUUAUAAGUUAAGUUGCAAAAGUAAAUCAGACGAAUAAAAUUCGA